AUGGUGGAGGUUGACAAUCGUAGGGCAGUUGCCCUACAGGAGCGAAAUGACGACAGUGGAAUGGUGGCCUCCAAGUCCAUGGAAAAUCUCUCCUUCGGUGGAGUGGCUGCCGUGUACCCGCAGGCAAAGAUGCCCAAGAAGUACCGCACGCCUGGCAAAGGCGAAGUCAGCACCUACCAAGGAGCUGGAGUCCUCCCAGUGACAAGGCUGGAAGACGGCCAGGCACGUGUCCUUCUUUGGCAGCCGCAGAGCGGGAAGAAGAAGGGCGUGCGAUGGUAUGACUUCGGGGGCCGGAAGAAGUUCCCGGAAGAGUUUGCAAGCACUUGCGCAUGCCGAAAGUUCGCCAAGGAGACCUAUGGCUUGUUUGGGUGCGCCUUGAAGCUGGAGGGCGACAGCGCGCCAGCUCAGCUCCGAGAGUUGUACCAAGGCCUGGCCAACCUGCCGCUCAUGCUCAGAGCGAGCGAGGAGUGGGCUCACUUGCAGCUGCUCGAUGAUGGACCACGGCUCUUCUACAACGACAUUCACGAGUACUUCCUGUACAUGCUUUGUGUGCCGUAUGUUCCCGAGGACGUCCUCAACGAGGUGUCCAAGAUAGUCGAUGACCGCAAGCGUGUUUUCAGGUGGAUGACCAUGGAGGAGCUUGCGCAAGAAGUGAUGGCUCCAAGACUUCAUACAGCGAGCUUGGCAGAGGCGCUCGAGACUCUCCAAGAGGACCCUUUGGUUCUGACCAGCCGUGCCUAUGGUAGUGCCGCCAGCAACGUAGCAACAGGGAGCUUCACAGCGGCCGUGGUGCGAUGA